GGGAAGAAAGGUGCCCCUUGUUGAUCAAGGAGGCAAAGAGAAACAACGGCGGAAGUGGGGAUCGUGCGCCAUUUUCUAUUUUUGCAUAAGAGUGAUUAGUGUGUUGUAUGUGUACGUUUAGUGUAUUAAAUCAAGAAAAUAAUAAUAAUCAUUUUGAUGCUGAUUUGCCGAAGCAAUGAGAUGAUCGUUAAGAACACAUAUACCAAAUACUACGAUAUAAGAGAGAGAGAGAGGGGGGGAGAGAAAGAGAGGAGAAAAAAGAGAGGAGAAAAAAGAGAGGAAGAGAGAAAGAAAAAAGAAAUUAAAAUAGUGUAAUACCUUAAACUUUUCUCGUGGACGAAAGAAGAAUGUCUUUGGAAUCUGUGACAAGUGAAAAACAGCUGCUAAAUCAAAAAUCAACAGGAGAUGAUGCAAUUAUAUCCAUGUCCGUGGCUGGGGAGGUAACUGAUACUUCCAUUAUGGAAAUUGGACGUUCAAGACCUCAAUUUCAAUAUACAAGGGAGGAAUUGAUGACGAUAAAAGGUUUACCUUUAUCUAAACGCAGACCUGGUUUCCUGGAUACUUCUUACAAUAAUACACGUGGUGUAUGGGACCCUGAACGUUGGCAUUCAAACAGAAAAUGUAGUGACACGCCGCCUAAAGAUGACAAAGGUAUACGUUCCGAACCCAUUACUGAAAAUCAUAACAAGCGUCGCAGUGGUGAUCCUCGGGAACGAAUACGAAAAGAACAGGAUGGUAUUGUUUUAAGUCCCCAAAGACGAAGUUUUAAUUCUGGAUGUUUUGUUAAUGUGACGUGUAAUGCGCCAAGUAGACGCUCUGAAAGUCCGAUUGGUAAAACAGAGGUCAGUCAUCGGGAAACAGUUCGACGGAUCGGUAGUGGUAGAAUUUUGACACGUGACAUAUGGGACUUCAGAUCUGAAAAUGAAAAACUUGAACCAGAACGUACAGAUUUUUCAUAUAUAUCUGUUACACGUGAUCGUGACAAUAGAGAAAGUAAGGUAACUAAAGAUCGUGAAAAUAUACGGGAUAGAGAACGCGAACGGGAUAAUCUACGUGAUCGGGAUGAAAGAAAUGAACGAUAUGAACGUCGAUCAUUUGGUCGUGACUUUGGAGAUCGUGAAAGAGAUCGUGAUCGAGAUAGGGGAGUGGAUAGAACCGAGCGUAAUCAUCAGAAUGAUCGUGAUAAGGAACGGGGACGCGAGAGAAGAUUUAGUAAUGAUCGUAGAAAAAGCUGUGGUGAUAAUCGUGAUGCAAAUGAGCCCGAGUGGUUUAGCUCAGGACCUACGUCCCAACAUGAUACUAUCGAGCUAAGAGGUUUUGAGGAUAUUCCAGAAGAAAAAGUAGUUAGUAAUAGUGCCAAUGUUAAAACUCGAAAAUAUCCUGCUCCAAAGAAACGUGGAAAACGGAAUUCUUUAGAAAAAGAUGACAAACCGAAUGAGAAUAUAAUUGGUCCUAAAGGACGUAGUACCCCAACAACCCUAGAUCAAUCAAUUAAUGCUGUACCUGCACCACAUUCUCCUAUAUCUGAACAAAAUGAGCCAUCAUCUGAUUCUAACAAAGAAUCUCAGGAUACUAGCGAUAGCAUCAUGACAGAAUCAAGUACCGAGAUGGCUGAUAAUUCCGAAGCUCGUAAAAAUGAUGAAAAUAGUCAUCCCGAUUUUAAUCUAGACGACUUCUUGAAAUCUGAUACUUUUCCUGGUGUUCCUGAUUUGUUAACAAAUGGAGUUGGUUCAAAUGGUGGAUCAUGUUCUCGAUUUAGUCAAUGGUUUAAAAGAGAAAGCCCUAUUCAGCAACAAACAGAGAGUUGCAGAGCUAUAGAGGAAGAAAUGUUGAAUAAUUUACUCAAUGAUAUUUCUGAACCAAAUAUUCAAAUUCCAUCAGUUACUGAAUCAAAUGCAUACUUUGCUCCUAUAUCACCUGCUAUUUCAACUACUAAUAAUACUACAUCUACUACUGGUGUUAAACUCCUCGAAAUGUUGCAACGUGGUAAUAAGCAACAACAGCAACAGCAGCAGCAGCACAAUCAAAAUGGUCAAGCAGAUUUAACUACACCAGUUAUAUCAUUAAUGAAAAAUUCUUCUAUCAAAGAUAUGGAAGUAGGUGGAAAAGUUAUGCAUAGUGUAGAAGAAUUGGAAGCACGAAUGCGUGGCGGAGUUCCUCCACCUUCAUCUACGGCUGAGCUGUCCCGUGUAAACAAGACUGAAGAGGAUCUUUCUGCGUUUAAAAAAUUGCUUGCUCAAGUAACUGGUGGACAAGCUGUACCAGCAGCAAACGGGCCUAUGCCUCAAAAACCACAAUCUGUAACAUUGAUGCAGUUGCUUAAUUCACAAUUAAAGACACCACAACAAUCGGUUGUUCCUCAACAAUCACAUGCAGUUGCAGAUCAAAUUCAUCCUUCAACAUUCAAUCACGUUGGUCCCAUUGCUCCUACUCAACAUGCACACCAAGUUCAAAUGCAACACGAAAACUUAAUUAAAGUAUUGCAUAUACAACAGCAGCAACAGCAACAGCAACAACAACAGCAACAACAGCAGCAAAAGCAACGACAGCAGCAACAACAACACUCUGAUAUGCUGUCUAUGAUAAUGAGUGGUCAACGAUUGAUGGGUGUUAGUCCUGUGCCAACAGAUAUGCAAAUGAUGAUGAAUAAUGUUACUCAAUCUGGUCAAGAAUUAACACAAAGACCAGAAGCACAAGCUAUAAUUCAAGGUUUGCAGCAAGGGGAAAUAACAAAACAACAUUUGAUUCAACAGAUACAGAAUCCUGGCUUGCAACAUCGACAUCGAGAGCUUCUCGUUAAUAUUCUCAAAAUGUUUGGCGGAACUACUCCUCGCGCGAUAAGUCCACAUCCAAAUGCACCUACUCCACAAGAUCACAUUUUGCAUCAAAUGUUGUAUCAACAGCAGCAACAACAGCAACAGCAACGAAUUCCUUCUCCUAUGAAUAAUGCUUAUUGCCCACCCCCAAUAAUUCCAUCAAAUGUAACAACCAGUCCCAACACAUUAUCAGCAAAACAUUCAGUGAUACCACACAGAGUACCUUCACCACGGGAACUGGUUAUGCAUACUCAAUCCAUUAUGCAAAGUGCUUUAAUUAAAAAGAAAUUAGAAGAACAACGUGAGAACUUUCGCAAACGACAGGAUCAGCAGCAGCAACAACAGAUUCAACAAAGACCGUCCACUCCUGUUAAUUCUCCAGCAAAGCAAACGAUGAGCCCAACGCCACUUGCUUUCACGCCAACAUCAGUAUUACGAAAAAUGACUGCCGAUAAGGAACCAGAGGGUAACAGCAAUGAUCUAGCAAAACUGGCUAAUCAAAAUCAAGUGCAACAAAUGCAAUCUGCAGUGCAAUUACUUACGCAAGGAGUUCUGUCGCGACAUAAUACAUUGCGACCACAGCAGUCUAUUCAAUCUUCAUGGUCUAAUCCAAAUAUUAAGCAAUAUCCUGGACGGCCAAUUGUAAAAGGUGGUGGUGGUAACACUGUCAAUCAGUAUCAGUACAGCGGUAAUUUAGACUUUCAACAACAACAACAACAACAACAACAACAGCAGCAGCAGCAACAACAACAGCAGCAGCAACAACAACAACAGCAGCAGCAGCAGCAGCAGCAUAGACCUAUGACGAAUGUAUAUGGCAAUCCCGCACGUUCCAAGCAUGCUAUGGCUCCCACAGUAUCAUCACAUCAUAGUGUUGCUCAAUACAAUGUUACUCAAAAUACUAUGAUAAACCAACGAUCAAAUCAUAUGAAUCCCCAAAUGAAGCAGGUUCAACAAGUUCAAUCACAUAUGGCUAAUGUACAUCAGCAACAUCAGCAACAUCAGCAACAACAGCAGCAGCAACAACAGCAGCAACAACAAUCGCGAUCUACAAAUCCACAAGUGCAACUUAUGUUGAAUCAAAACUACAACUCCAAUCGUUCAGAUGGACGAAUGAUGCGAUCGCAACAAUUAAAUAUCAACGUUGGCCGUCAAAACUCACCGGGUCUUGGAUUUAUGGGUAGCAAUGGUGGAGACUUAUCUCCAACAUCAAAUCAGUUAGCACGAUGGUUUACUCCUGAACUUCUUGCGCAAGCUCGAGCUGGUAAACUACCAGAGCUUGUUCAAACAAAUGUUUUGUCAUUGGAAGAAUUAGAAAGACUUCAACAUGCUUCGACGAAGGUGCAUAAUUGAUUCAACACGUUAUUUUUCAUUGACAUUUUUGUUUCAAGUAGUAUAUUCCUGCUUUCGAAUCUUCCAUCAAAAUUGGAUUUGCUUUCGUAUUAAAAGGCAUGAGUAUAAAAACAAUUAUUCGUAUUACAAAAAAAAAAAACGAGCGCAAGUGAUUUUUACGAAAUGGUGCUGGAAUUGUGAAAUUUCUUGUUACGCAAUCUCACGUGAAAAGAAGAUUAAAAAAAGAAAAAAAAGAAAGAUAUACAAUUAAUUAUAUAUUUUAGUCUUUCAAGCAGCGUAUAGAGCGCAGUAUUUCUUCUUCUUUUUAUAAGCAUACAAAGUAUCUCAUAGGUUAAAUCCUUCGAAAUUUCAGAUUGUAUGUUAAGUAGGAAUUACAAAUGUACAGAAUAGAAAGAAGUAUCGUGUAAGAUUUACAUAGCUAUUUACAUGUAAAAGCCAUUUAAUGACACAUUAUGUGAACAGCUUUCUGUUGUAAGAAUGAUGUAUUGCUUAUAAGACUGAAACACUAAACACAAAAAUUCUUACCGACAUAAAUAACAGUCAUAGAAAAAUCAAGAUUUUAUUUUAAAAUAAGAAAUUAUUAAAUGGCAGCAUAAUCGUGUUUAUUUGCCUAAAUAAAUUUAUUUGCAUGUAAGAGGAUAUUUCUUCAUUAUAAUUAGGAUACGUAAUCUGAUUAUAAUGUUAACGCCAACGAUUAUUUACACAUUCACAACAUUUAUGUAAAUUUGAAUUAUUUAUUAUUAUAAGUGAAUAUCCUAUGAUGUGGUACAAAAUAAUAAAUAGUAACA